AAUGCGGAAGUUUCCGCCCAGCAAAGCCACUGAUACCGCGAAGAUGAGGUUUGCGAUGGCAUCAGCGAUCUCCCCCGCUCCGCGCUGCGCUCCGCGGCUCCCCGUGGACUGAGACCAGACCCGCAUGGCUUCUUUGCCAGCUUCAGAGCGGAGAGCGUUCGCUCUCAAAAUCAACAGACAUUCCUCAGCGGAGAUCCGGAAACACUUCAGCGGGAUCAGCCAUGGUUCCUUGCCUCAGCACCGGCACAGUUACAGCGCCUCUGGCUCUUUCUGCUUCAACAUACCUCAGUCAUAUGAAGCGGUUGAGCCGGUGGACCUGGAUGAGUUCCUGAUGUCACAGCUGCGCAGCGGAGAUGCCGAGCUCAUGCAGGAGCUGGGGGAGUUUCCAGACGAUGACCUGGAGGUGGAGCUGGUGGAGAGGGAAUGCAGGACCGUCCGUCCCUCUGUCCCCGAGGAAGGAGUGGAGCUGGAUCCUCAUGUGAGGGAUUGUGUUCAGAGUUACACACAGCCCUGGCUGGUGGUUAGCAGAAGAUCUCAGGGUUAUGGAUGGAUAGCGUACGCCGAGAGGACAGAUGCUAACAGAGUUUUACAGAGACAGACGUUUGAGUCUGAUGUUGACCCGGACAAACAAGAGCAAGUAGAAAAGUCGCCGUCCCUCCCAGCACUGUGUGAUGAUACAACUCGGACCACCCUCACAAGCUCAGACUUUAACUUACGGGCCCUGCAGCCAGACCGUCGUGUGGAGAGCCUCUUGCGCUUCAGCAGCCCGGAGGAGCUGGAUCGUUUUAACCAGGAGUCCAGAAACAGCAACCGCUACGGCGAGCUCUUCGGCCUCUACCCGCCUAUUGAUGAGGAGGAUGCAAUAGCGAUUCGGCCUAUUCCUGACUGUCCCAAGGAGCACUUUGGCCAGAGGAUACUAGUACGAUGCCAGAACAUCAAAUUUGAGAUUGACAUAGAGCCUCUCUUUGCAACCAUGGCCCUCUAUGACCUGAAGGAGAAAAAGAAGAUUUCAGAGAACUUCCACUUUGACAUGAACUCAGAUCAGAUGAAGGGUUUCCUGCGGCCUCACACUCCCCACACUGAACCCUCCUCUUUGGCUAGAUCUGCAGUUUUCUCUAUAUCCUACCCUUCUCCAGACAUCUACCUGGUUGUUAAGAUUGAGAAGGUUCUUCAGCAGGGUGAGAUUGGGGAUUGUGCUGAACCAUACAUGGUACUGAAGGAGAGUGACGCUGCUAAGAACAAAGACAAGCUGGAGAAGCUGAGGAAUCAGGCGGAGGGGUUUUGUCAGAGACUGGGCCGCUACAGGAUGCCAUUUGCCUUUGCCACGGUCAAUAUCAUGAGUGCCAUCAACUCCACACUGGAGCGAGACACAAGUGACACAGACAGCAUCAAUGGCAGGAGUAAUAUGGAAAAGAAGGGAUUGCCCAGACGAAACUCUGACAGAUUCUGCGUGAUGGAAGACAACUACAUCCUGUCUGGCUUCAAACCAGCUAUUACCAUGUGCACAUUCAUCAAGCAGGAAGGAGAGCGUCUGAGUGACGAGGACCUGUUCAAGUUCCUGACGGACAUCAAGAGGUCGUCCAGCCAGCGGCGUGUUAAGAUCAUACCUGGUUUUCUGAGACUGGAAGUGUCUCCAGUUCCAGAGAUGGUUCCUGGGUGUCUGUCCCCAGAACUGAUUCCAGUGAAGCCAGUUUCUGAGAAAAAUCCACGUGCGGUUAAAGAAGUGCUGGAGUUCCCUUCUAGUGAAGUCUAUGUGCCUCACAAUAUGUAUCGGAACCUGCUGUAUGUGUAUCCUCUGAGGUUAAAUCUUACCAACCGUUUGACUUCAGCCAGAAACAUUACGGUUAAAAUUCAGUUCAUGUGUGGUGAGGAGCCUAGCUGCGCCAUGCCCGUCAUCUUUGGAAAAUCAAACGGCCCUGAGCUUCUUCAAGAGGUCUACACUCCAAUCACAUACCACAACAGGUCUCCUGAUUUCUAUGACGAGAUAAAGAUCCAUCUUCCAGCCCGUUUAACAGAGAAACAUCACUUACUGUUCACCUUUUACCAUAUCAGCUGCCAGCAGAAACAGAACCAGACUGGAAGUGUGGAGACUCUCAUUGGAUAUUCAUGGUUGCCCAUGCUGAACAAUGACAGGCUGCAGACUGGGCAGCAGUGUCUGCCAAUCGUUCUGGACAAACUUCCUGUGAACUAUUCCCUGCAUUCCCCCGAGAAACUGCCAGCUCAGGUACCUCCUGUUAAGUGGUUGGAGAAUCAUAAGGGACUGUUCAACCUUGAGCUACAAGCUGUGUCCUCCGUGCAAACACAGGACAGUCACCUGGAGCGUUUCUUUACUCUGUGUCACGCCCUGGAGGGCAAGACCAUAUUCCCUAUUCGAGUAAGAGAUGAGAAGAUUUCUGAAAACAUGUUUGAGCACGAGCUGAAGCUCAGCAUCAUCUCGCUGUCGUCCUCCGGCCUGGAGCCACUGGUGCUGUUUCUCCAUCAGGUCCUUGACAAGCUCUUCCGUCUCAUCAUGCAGCCCAUGGUCAUCGCUGGACAGACUGCAAAUCUGGCCCAGAUUGCAUUCGAGUCGGUGGUGUCGGUUGUCAACAGUCUUCAUAACAGUCAGGAGCUGGCAAAAGACCAUCAGGGCAGGAACUGUCUCCUAGCAACAUACCUGUACUUCGUCUUCCGGUUGCCAGAUACACAACAUGAAAUCCACACCACAGGCACAGGAGGUCUGAUGGCUCACCCAGAGAGCCGAUACAGCACUCUGACUCGCACCACAGCCACCACGGUCGGCUUCAUGCUGCUUCAGUCACGCAUUCGUUCCAGCAGCAACCCUGAUAUACCAGCACCGCAGAGCCCAGAGGACGCAGAGGUCAAUAACAUUCUAGGAAAGGGUUUGAAUCUUCCUGGCAGUCGCAUUUCAACAGCUGGAAACGUCUCCAGUACCUCACAAAGCUCCAGCACACGGCCCGCAAACAGAAAGCUGUUUCAUGAGGAGCUGGCUCUUCAGAUGGUUGUCAGCACUGGAGUCUGCAGAGAGAACGUCUACAAAUACGCCUGGUUCUUCUUUGAACUUCUUGUGAAGAGCAUGAGCCAGCAUGUGUCUCAGCUGGACAAGAAGGCGGUCUCUCGUAGGAACCGUUUUUCGGAUCGUUUCAAAGAUGACAUCACUACGAUAGUCAACGUGGUGACUGCUGAGAUCGGAAACAUUUUAGUUAAACAACAAAAGGAGCUGGAGCAGGCAGAGAAGGUUAACAUCAGCCUGGCUUUUUUCCUGUAUGACCUGAUGUCUCUGAUGGACCGAGGCUUUGUGUUUCAGCUGGUGAAGAAUUACUGCAACCAGAUGGCAGCAAAGAGUGUGAACAUGGCGACUUUGAUCAGUAUGAGGUUGGAGUUUUUGCGUGUCCUGUGCAGUCAUGAGCACUACCUCAACCUGAGCCUGUUCUUCAGCAGCCCUGCCUCGGCCCCCGCCUCUCCGUCACCCUCCACCUCCUCACAGACCUCCAGCUCAUGCAGUUUUCUGGACCAUAAGAUCGUAGCCAUGUUUGAUCUGUCACAAGACUUUAAGCAGCGGCAUUACUUGACCGGACUGCUGCUGACCGAACUCAGCACUGCGCUGGACAUGGAGUCAGAGGGGGGGAGAGUACAACAAAAGGCCAUCAAUGCCACAUACAGCUUAUUGUGCGCUCACGACCUGGACCAGCGCUGCUCGAGGCCAGAGGUCAAGGCUAAGAUUGCUGCUCUCUACCUCCCUCUAGUGGGCAUCAUUAUUGACUCCAUCAAUUACCUUGACUUCACAGUGUCUGACUCGCGUGGAGGAAAAGGCAAGUCCGGUGGGCCUGAGGAAGAUCCUGACAGCGUCACCCCCAUCAAUCAGUCUGUUGCUAUGGCAAUCGCUGGAAAUCCGUUCAACACUUUAGCACGAAAUGCACUGGCCUCGAUGGCCUCUGUGUCGGGGAAAACUAGCAACAUGUUGACAGCAGAAACUAGUCGCAAUCUGCUCAUGUGUUUCCUGUGGAUUAUCAAGAACGCAGAUCAGAAUCUGAUCCAGCGCUGGACUGUGGACAUGCCUUCAUCUCAGUUGAGCCGUCUGCUGGAGCUCCUCGCCAUCUGCAUCUCCUGCUUUGAGUACAGGGGGAAGCAGAGUUCUGAUAAGGUGAGCACACAGGCCCUGCAGAAGUCUCAGCAGGCUAAGGCUCGUCUGGAGGAGGCUCUGCUGGGAGGAAUCGGAGCCAGAGGAGAAAUGAUGAAAAGGGUGGGAGGUAACGACCGGACGCUGGGUCAGAGAGAGAACCUACGCUGGAGGAAAGACCUUACACAGUGGCGCCAGACAAACGACAGGCAGGACAAAUCCAAAGCAGAGCUGGAUCAGGAGGCCAUAAUCAGUGGUAACCUGGCAACCGAGACCAACCUCAUCGUCCUGGACCUGCUGGAGAUGAUUGUGCAGGCAGUUCCUCUGGCGGACUGUAAGGAUAAUGUGGUUGGUGGAGUGUUGAAGGUUCUGCUGCACUCUCUCACCUGUAAUCAGAGCACCACCUUCCUGUCACACUGUUUCAGCACCCUACGGGCUCUCAUAGUUAAGUUUGGUGACCUGUUGUUUGAGGAGGAGGCCGAGCAGUGUGCCGACCUGUGUCAGAAGGUUCUUCAUUACUGCAGCAGCUGUGUGGACGGCAACAGGAGUCAGGCUUGUGCUACACUCUACCUGAUCAUGAGAUACAGCUACAGCUCCGCGAGUAAUUUCUCCAGAGUCAAGAUGCAGGUAACAAUGUCUUUAGCCUCGCUGGUCGGCAAGUCUUCAGACAUCCAUGAGGAGUACCUACGCCGCUCUUUCAGAACUAUCCUAGCAUACGCAGAAGAAGAUACAGAAAUGCAGUCUACACAGCUGCCGUCACAGGUGGAUGAACUCUUGAGGAAUCUAAACAGUAUCCUGUCAGAUACAGUCAAGAUGAAGGAGUUCCAGAAAGAUCCUGAGAUGCUUAUGGACCUGAUGUAUAGGAUCGCGAAGGGUUACCAGACAUCUCCAGACCUGCGUCUAACCUGGCUCCAAAACAUGGCAGAGAAGCACAACGGCAGGAAGUGCUUUACAGAGUCAGCCAUGUGUCUGGUACAUGCCGCGGCCCUGGUGGCUGAAUAUCUCAGCAUGCUGGAAGAUCACAAAUACUUGCCUGUGGGCAGCGUCACCUUUCAAAACAUCUCUCCCAACGUUCUGGAGGAGUCUGCAGUCUCAGACGACAUAUUGUCUCCAGACGAGGACGGGGUUUGCUCAGGACGCUACUUCACCGAAAAUGGCCUAGUUGGGCUUCUGGAACAGGCUGCUGAGCUAUUCAGCAAUGGUGGGUUGUAUGAAGCAGUUAAUGAGGUGUACAAGGUAAUCGUGCCUAUACUGGAGGCCCACAGAGAUUUCCGGAAGCUCGCUUCCACACAUGACAAGCUCCAAAGGGCUUUUGAGAACAUCAUUCAAAAGGGUCACAAGAGGAUGUUUGGAACCUACUUCCGCGUGGGAUUUUAUGGCUCUAAAUUUGGAGACCUGGAUGAGCAAGAAUUUAUCUACAAAGAGCCAGGAAUUACCCAUUUGCCGGAGAUAUCCCACCGGCUCGAGAACUUUUACAGUCAGUGUUUUGGAGAUGAAGUUUUGGAAAUGAUUAAAGAUUCCACACCAGUAGACAGAAAGAAGUUGAAUCCCAACAAGGCGUAUAUACAGAUUACUUUUGUGGAGCCGUACUUUGACGACUAUGAGAUGAAGGACCGCCUCACCAACUUCGAGAAGAACUUCAACCUUCGCCGUUUCAUGUACACUACGCCGUUCACAAAGAGUGGGCGGCCCCGAGGGGAACUCAACGAGCAAUACAAGCGGAAAACCAUCCUAACCACCAUGCAUGCCUUCCCCUACAUCAAGACACGGAUCAACGUCAUUCAGAAGGAGGAGUUUGACCUCACGCCCAUCGAGGUGGCCAUUGAGGACAUGCAGAAGAAGACUAGAGAGCUGGCUGAAGCCACGCACAGAGAGAAGCCAGAUGCUGUGAUGCUUCAAAUGGUUCUGCAGGGAUCUGUCACAGCCACUGUCAAUCAGGGUCCGUUGGAGGUGGCCCAGGUCUUCUUGAAUGAAAUCCCAGCAGACCCCAAGCUCUUCCGUCAUCACAACAAGCUGCGUUUGUGUUUCAAAGAGUUCAUACUGCGGUGUGGAGAGGCCGUAGAGAAGAACAAGCAACUCAUUACUCCUGAUCAGAAGGAGUACCAGCAGGAGAUGAAGAAAAACUACAACAAACUGCGAGAGAACCUGAGGCCCAUGUUGGAGAGAAAGAUCCCUGAGCUCUACAAGCCCAUCAUCAAACCUCGCAUCGAGAAUAGAGAUUCCUUCAAACGGCACAGCCUCCGUCGGACACAAGAUGAAAAUUCAUGAUGUCAAGAGAACGUCUCUAGAGGAUAUCAAGGGAAGGAUGUUGCAGUGUGCCAGGAAACAAGAGCUCCGUCAGCUGAUAAUUAGAUGACUCGAGCAGAGUUUCAUGCACAGUGUUGAAACCUCCUGAAAAUAUCAUAGAUUGUUGUAUUCUAUAUUACUGUACAUAAGGAACAGAUUUUAAGGGAUUUAGAACUUUAUUUGCUUAUAAUUGUUUUUAGAACAAAAACCUCAGCCAGUCACUUCUUUGUUUUUACUUGUUUUCUGGAUAUGGUUCGAAUCUUCCUUAGUAUGUUACAACAUAUUGUAUUCUUAACUAAUACAAUAUAACUUACAGACAUGUUACAUGUGAGGAAGAAAUCUACAACCUUAAACUGCUUUAAGAAAACCGAUCAUAUUUCACAGACACUGAAAGUGUUAACAGUGUAAAAAAAUGGACAAAAAGGACAGUUGGUAUAUGUUAUGUUUACAUAGAGAUAAUAUAACAUAAAUCAUGAUUUUUCUUUCAGUUUCUUUGUGCUGUUCUAUGUAUAUUGUAAUUGUAGAGAUUUACAAGAUACAGUUUUGUAUAUAUAGUUCUAUUUUAUUUAUAGAGAAUAUUUAGAUGCAUAUUCCAAUAUUAAAAUGUGACCAGACCAGAUCAGAGUAAAAGCAAAUCGGGGUUUACAGAGAUAAAAGAACAGCACCAGUUAAAAGUGCAGAGUAAGAGUGCAUCAAAUGUUUACUUUUGCCUCCUGUUUCUUAAAUAAUGUCAAAUUUAUGAUUUUUUUUAUUUUAUUUAUAUUUCUUUCCAAUAUAAACGUGCACCGCACAUAAGCUUAUGUUGCUUGUGUUUCCAGUGCGUCUUAUAAUGUUACGUUACUGCUCUGAAAGCUGGUUUUAUUAAAUGUUUAGGUCAUUGCUAUUUCAGUUUAGUCUAUUUCUGUUUGAAAAGCACAAAAUAAAUAGAAAUAUAUAAAUAUUUUUGUCAAUGGAACUUGAACGCAUUUCCUAAUAAAAGCUACAGUUGUAUA